AUGUCCUCCAUCUGCUUCAUCUGCCAUGGCUGCAGGCAGCCCAUGAAGCCGGAUCAGUCCAUGGGGACCUUGGGUCUCGAGACCACCCAAGAAUCUGCAGCUUCCACAUUCACCUCAGCUCCGCAGGAGCCAGGAGAAACCCUGGAGGGUGGCCCUACCUCCAAGGUGGAGAAGGACAGUGAAAAGCUCCAGGAUGGUGCCUCCUGUUCUACCCUCCCUGGUGAUGGCAAGAUGUCAAGGGACAGUUCUAACAAGUUCAUCUUGCUUGGAAAGUUUGACUCUGGAAGAAUGCUCAAUAAUAUCCAGAAGACUGCUAGGGACAUUUUUGACAUCCUCACUGGUGAAAAAGAUAUGGACAACCCCCUCUGUGAGGACUGUACUGACAAACUUUUAGAGCAGGUGGACACCUGACUCAUUAUUGUAGAAUCUGAGAACCAGAACUACAAAUAUUGGAUGGGGAGGAUACGUGAGGAGGAGAUGAAGACACUGCAGGAGGAGCUGGAGGGCCUGGAGCUGGAGGAGGUGAGACUGAUCCAGGAGCUGAAGGAGGUGGAGAAGAACCAAGAAAGAAUAGCGGAAGAUCUUGAGGCAGCCUGGGCAGAGACUAAAAUGCUGGACCAGCAAGAUGAGCAGUACUGGAGGGACUAUAGUAACUUGCAGUGGCAACAACUGGAACUGCAGGAUGAGCUGAAGAGCAUAAAGAACCAGCUGAGACAUGCCCAGAUCCAGUGGGGCUGGCUGAAGAAGACCAAUGCCUUCAGUGCCACCUUUGAGAUUAGGCAUGAUGGCCCUGUGGGCAUCAUCAAUGGCUUCAGAUUGGGCUGCCUCCCCACCAUUUCCGUGAGCUGGAAGGAGAUUAACAUGGCCUGGGGCCAGACAGCCUUGCUGCUCCUUGCCCUGUCCAAUAAGAUUGGGCUGGAGUUUCAGAGGUAUCAACUCGUCCCCUGUGGAAACCGGUCCUAUCUGAAGUCUUUAACAGAUGACCCUGUUGAGCUGCCAUUGUUCUACAUUGCAGCGCAGAGAACUCACUUGCAUGUCAAAUUUGACCAGGCAAUGAUGGCUUUUUUGGACUGCAUGCAGCAGUUCAAGGAGGAGGCUGAGAAAGGCAAGUGGGGUCUUUGCCUGCCCUGCAGGAUUCAUGUGGAGAGUGGCCUAAUGGAAGACUCUGGAAGCAGCAGUGAGUACUAUUCCAUCAGAACCCAUUUGAACACGGAGGAGCAGUGGACAAAGGCACUCAAGCUCAUGCUUAUAAAUUUUAAGUGUAGUCUCGCUUGGGUCUCUUUAAAAUAUCAAGAAUAA